CGUUCCAGUGCGUAGGAAGUUGGAGGCAGCGUAAUAUGUGCUGGGUUUGUCUGUUUUGCAAAGGGGAUUACAACGAACCGCGCACAUCUUGUAUUUAAGGCGUAGUAUUCUGUUUUUUAAUGCAUUCUUUCUUUAGUAGCUUAAUUUGGGGAAGGGGUUAGUGGUAUUUAUUUUACUCCACAGCAUACUUAUACAGCAUGAGGUGCAGCUAUGGCAAGAAGGGGUAAGACAGUUGUGAGGACACUGGAGGACUUGACUCUCGAUUCUGGUUAUGGUGGUGCUGCAGACUCCUUCAGGUCGUCCAGCGUGUCCUUGUGUUGCUCAGACUCUCACCUACCUUAUGCCCAUGGAGGAAACUGUUGGCAUUUAACAGACUCCAUGCACAGUCGACACAAUAGUCUAGACACGGUCAACACCGUCCUGGCUGAAGACAACGAGAUCCUGGAGUGCUCCGGACAGUGCGCCAAGCUACCUGAACUGGAAGAUGCACCCUGGAGCCUGGAGGAGGUGGAAAACGCCAUUAAGAAGGAGCAGGAAGCGGCGGUGGGACAGCUUUCAAAGGAUGCUCUUGUGAAGCUCUCUUAUUUGGUUAGCAGGGCGCUGGUAAGGAUUUCCAAAGAAGCCCAGAGGUUGAGCCUACGCUAUGCCAAGUGCACCAAGUAUGAAAUCCAAAGCGCCAUCAAGGUGGUGCUUUCCUGGACGCUAUCUGUGAACUGCAUCACCGCGUCCCUUAGCGCCUUGUCCCUUUACAACAUGAGCACAGGGGACAAGCUUAGAAGGGGCAAGUCGACCAGAUGCGGUCUCGUCUUUUCAGUGGGCAAGUUUUUCAGGUGGAUGGUGGAUAGCAGGGUUGCGGUGAGGAUCCACGAGCAUGCGGCUAUCUACUUGACAGCGUGCAUGGAGAGUCUGUUCAGAGAGAUAUGCAUGAGGGUGGUACAUAGUACCCACUCCGAGAAGGAAGAUGGGACUCCAAAGUUGACUGUCGAGUGUUUGGAACAAGCUGUCAACAAUGACUCGGAACUGUGGGGGAUGCUUCAGCCAUAUCAGCACCUCAUUUGUGGGAAAAAUGCCAGCGGUGUUCUGUCCCUGCCUGACAGCCUAAACCUGCACAGAGAGCAGCAGAGGUCCAACAAACCAGGAGAAGUGCACAUGUACAGCCAGUCUGAACUGAGGACGAUUGAGCAGUCCCUGCUUGCAACUCGUGUGGGAAGCAUUGCUGAGCUCAGUGAUUUGGUGUCCCGUGCAAUGCAUCACCUCCAGCCUCUGCACCUAAAGAAUCACAGCAAUGGCACCCCAAUGCACCACAAGCAAGGGCUGGCAUACUGGGAGCCUGAAGCCUUGUAUACCCUCUGCUACUUCAUGCACUGUCCACAGAUGGAGUGGGAGAACCCCAACGUGGAGCCAUCCAAAGUCACCCUGCAGACGGAGAGGCCAUUCUUGGUACUGCCUCCGCUGAUGGAGUGGAUCAGAGUGGCAGUAGCCCAUGCAGAACACCGCCGGAGUUUCUCAGUAGACAGUGAUGACGUCCGGCAAGCAGCGAGGCUCCUUCUCCCUGGAGUUGACUGUGAACCUCGGCAGCUCAAGACAGACGACUGUUUCUGUGCCUCUCGGAAACUGGACGCUGCGGCCACAGAAGCCAAUUUUUUGCAAGAUUUAGGAUUCCGGAUGUUGAACUGUGGCAGGACAGACCUGGUCAAACAAGCUGUGUCUGUGCUAGGCCCUGAUGGCAUCAACAGCAUGAGUGAACAGGGGAUGACUCCUCUGAUGUAUGCUUGUGUUCGGGGAGAUGAGGCCAUGGUACAAAUGCUGCUGGAUGCUGGAGCAGACAUAAAUAAUGAGGUACCUAACACAGUGCACAAAUACCCAUCGGUCUACCCUGAGACUCGUCAUUGGACUGCACUCACAUUCGCAGUGUUACAUGGACACAUUCAUGUCGUACAGCUGUUGUUGGAUGCCAGAGCAAAUGUUGAAGGUUCCUUGCAGGAUGGGGAAGAAAACUAUGCUGAAACUCCUUUGCAACUGGCUUCUGCAGCAGGUAACUUUGAGCUUGUCAGUUUGUUACUGGAGAGAGGAGGAGAUCCCAUGAUUGGAACACUGUACAGGAAUGGGAUUUCAUCUACUUCCCAGGGAGAUAUGAACUCCUACAGUCAGGCUGCUGCACAUGGACACAGGAAUGUGUUCCGGAAACUCCUUGCCCAGCCUGAGAAAGGGAAGACAGAUGUCUUGUCCCUGGAGGAGAUGCUGGCUGAAGGGUCUGAUCUGGCUGAAAAGAAUCCAGGACAUGCAGACUCUAGCAGGAACAGCAAGGCCAAGCUCAAAGCCCUGCGUGAAGCCAUGUAUCACAGUGCAGAGCACAGCUACGUGGACGUCACCAUUGACAUUCGUAGUCUGGGCGUGCCCUGGACUCUCCACACGUGGCUGGAAUCUCUGCGCACCUCCUUCCUCCAGCACAGGAGACCCCUUAUCCAGUGCCUGCUGAAGGAGUUCAGCUCCAUCGAUGAGGAGGAGUACACCGAAGAGCUCAUUACCCAUGGACUGCCAUUGAUGUUUGAAAUUCUGAGAGUCAGCAAGAAUGAAGUGAUAAGCCAGCAGCUGUCUGUUAUUUUUACUCAGUGCUACGGACCAUAUCCCAUCCCAAAACUCACAGAGAUUAAAAGAAAGCAGACGUCACGCUUAGAUCCUCAUUUUCUGAAUAAUAAAGAGAUGUCAGAUGUCACUUUCCUGGUUGAAGGAAAACCAUUCUAUGCACACAAAGUGUUGUUAUUCACUGCCUCUGCCAGGUUUAAAUCAUUGCUCUCCAAUAGACCAGUUGCUGAGAACACAUGUAUUGAAAUCAGCCAUGUGAAGUACAAUAUCUUUCAGCUGGUGAUGCAGUACCUCUACCACGGAGGGACGGAAUCACUUCACAUGAGGAACAAUGAGAUCAUGGAGCUUUUGUCCGCUGCUAAGUUCUUCCAGCUGGAUGCCCUCCAGCGUCACUGUGAAAUCAUCUGUGCUAAAAACAUUAACACUGACACCUGUGUUGAUAUCUACACCCAUGCCAAGUUUCUGGGAACCCCUGAGCUCUCUGCCUAUAUGGAGGGCUACUUUCUGAAGAACAUGGUGGUACUGAUUGAGAAAGAAGCCUUCAAGCAGCUGCUGUAUGACAGGCCUUCGGACAGCCCCGGGCCAGACGUGCUGCAGAACCUGGAAAGGACUCUGGGAACCAGGAUUCAGUCCAUUCAUCUGUCCUCUUCCAAGGGCUCCAUCGUAUGAGCUGCUGUGGAUUAAGAGCAUCUGUUUUUUUUUGUUUUUUGUUUAGUUUUUUUACAAAGAACACCUGACUUUCUUGCUUGGCCUGCUUGGAAUGCUUUGGGUAUCUGUGUAGCCUGUGUUAAAUGAUCUGUCUCAUGCUCAUUGGUCAUUUCAUUUGUUUACUGACCAGGAUGCUAGCCCUUCCUAGCUUUAAAAGCAGGGUAUGCUGUAUGAACAACUUGUGUCGGACUUCAGCUUUGUGUCAUAAUGGGUCGGUUUUUUCAUUAAUAUAUCAGGAGCCAUGCAAUUUUAUCCACAGAGUUGAUGGCACUAUACCAUUUUGCAUAAGACCCAAUCAUAUAGAUAAGUGGUAUAGAUUUAAUGUUAAAAAUGUUUAAAGCAUAUGUGAGAAAUGUAAAUACUUAACUAAUAUUAAUCUAAUGAAGAGUUAUAAAUCAAGUAGGAUUAGAUAGUCUUCAUACUUUGGAUAACUUUGUGGAGGGAGCAUAAAGUUGCUUAAUGUGUGUGUGUGUGUGUGUGUGUGUGUG